GGUGCACAGAGAUACCUGAUACAUUUUCAGAUGAUGAUGGGAUCGCAUUUGAUGUGGAAGACGCAUCAUAUGCAUUUAAUUCGUAUGAAGAUUAUUUAGAUCUGGGUGACAGUACUUACACAUGUGAGUAUUGUGGAUCUCUAUUUUGGCAUGCUGAAAGAGUUAAAAGACAUGGAAAGCAAAAACCAAAGUUCUCAAUGUGUUGCAAUCAAGGAGAUGUUGUACUCCCCAAGAUGCAAACACCCCCACAGUUGUUAGGGGCUUUGAUAUUUGGCACAGAUGAGCGUAGUUGACAUUUCCUUAAAAAUAUACGUUCAUAUAAUUCUAUGUUUUCGUUUACUUCAAUGUGCGGAAAAACUGAUGGAAGCAUAAAUAGUGGCACUUCACCUCCCGUGUUCCGAUUGAAUGGUCAGAAUUAUCACACAAUUGGAAGCCUUUUGCCAAAGGAUGGACAACGACCUAAGUUUCUACAGAUGUACUUAUCUGAUCCAGCUGAAGAGAUUGCACACAGAAUAAACGCUGUGAGGAAUGAGGAUGAUACCUCCUUGCAAUCUUCAUUGGUGCAAGACUUGAAAGAAAUGCUUGACACAUACAAUGUGCAUGCAAAAUCAUUCAGAAUGGCGAGAGAUCGAUUUAAUGAGUCUAAUUCCACCACAUUGAAAAUGAAACUCAUCAGAAAAAGGCACUCAGAAGGCCGCACUUACAACAUGCCAAGUGUCAAUGAAGUUGCAGCGCUAAUUGAAGGUGAUUUUGAUGUAAACAAAAAAGAAAGAGAUGUGCUUCUUCAAACAAAGACAGGUGCUCUACAAAUUAUUUCUGAAUUGAACCCGUCUUUCUUGGGUUUGCAAUACCCACUUUUAUUUCCAUAUGGCCAAGAUGGGUUUAGAGAAGAUGUGUCGUUGACGCGUGCAAUAAAUAGCGAGAGCGAGAGUGGGAGGAGGCGUGUCACCAUAAAAGAUUUCUUUUCAUACAGAUUGCAGGAGAGGACUGAUGAAUCACCUUAUCUAUUGAGAUCAAAGAGAUUGUUUCAACAAUUCAUUGUUGAUGGGUAUACAAUGGUUG